CUGAAGCUAUAUGUCAUGUGACAUUUAUUCCGAACUCUUCUGCGGAACUAGGGUGUGUGUAUUGUGAUAACUUGUUAAACCUAAAACAUAAAUAUAAGGGGUUCUGUUCUUCCGAGAAUAGCAAUGUCAGCACAUUUGAAUAUGGGUGAUGAUUUGAAAAGAUAUCUUUACAAACAGCUGCCAAGUGUAGAGGGCCUGCAUGCGAUUGUGGUGACUGACAGAGAUGGAGUUCCAGUAAUUAAAGUUGCCAAUGACAGCGCCCCAGACUAUGCACUCAGGCCUGGCUUUCUUUCUACCUUUGCUUUGGCAACAGACCAGGGCAGCAAGCUGGGACUCUCCAAAAACAAAAGCAUUAUAUGUUACUACAACAUGUACCAGAUUGUGCAGUUCAACCGGUUACCUCUGGUGAUCAGCUUUAUUGCAAGCAGUAGUGCCAAUACAGGCCUGAUUAUCAGCCUGGAGAAGGAGCUGGUUCCGCUGCUUGAUGAGCUGCGGCAGGUGGUGGAGGUGUCCUAGGCGAGGAGCACGACGCAUGGGGCGACACAGAAACGUCGCAAGGCUCGCACCCACGUGUCUGUGCAGAGAGCUUGCGUGUGUUUGUGCAAUCAACUCCUUGACAGUUCCUCUACACACACAUCAACUGGAAGACUGGGGUCAAGAGUUACUUUUGUAGAAAGUACAAAUUUUUUAAAAAUGUUCAAUGAUCUUUUUUUUGUGUUGUGAAGAAUACUUAAUAUAUACACAUUUCCUUGUUAGUGUUUCCUUUUAAACCAUUUAUACGUCCAUCCCUAUAAAUGCUAACAACAAAUAUCUUCGUCCCGGAUAAGCACUGUUCAAACUUCAAAUGUAAACUAAUGUAAUAUAGCACCUUCUUUUCUGUUGCUUGGAUAUUUUAAAUACCAAUAAAAUGGUUUGACAAGA